AUGCCUUCCCUGUGGGAAAAGACGAAAGGCACCUCCAAGAAGGGAUUCGACAAGGCAUGGCACCAGCUCGAUAAGCUCGGCGAUCCCGUUAACCGGUUGUCCUAUCGGGUGGGUGCCGAGGCCUUCUGGCCCAUGACUCUCGACAAAGAAAGCGACAAAGCCGCUCGCAUUCUGCGCAGCUUCUGCAAGGAUGGCUUUUAUGCCGAGGAGGAUACCGAGCGCCGGAGUACGGACAGCGCCACCAGCAAGCGGUCCAGUAAGAUCGAUCGACCCAAGGGCAAACAGCGCGUGAUCAAGAAGAUUCCGACCCAGGUCAUCCAACGCGCAAAAGGUCUCGCGAUCUUCACGACCAUGCGCACGGGGUUAUGGCUGAGCGGCUCUGGCGGCAGUGGCGUGCUGUUGGCCCGGAUCCCCGAAACCGGCGAAUGGAGUCCGCCCUCCGGUAUCAUGUUGCAUACGGCGGGCAUCGGCUUUCUGGCCGGUGUCGACAUCUACGACUGCGUGGUCGUUAUCAAUACAUACGAAGCGUUGGAGGCAUUCAAAAAGGUGCGCUGCACACUGGGAGGGGAGGUGAGCGCAUCGGCCGGUCCGGUUGGCAUGGGAGGUGUCCUCGAGUCGGAGGUCCAUAAACGUCAGGCUCCCAUCUGGACCUACAUGAAGAGUCGCGGACUCUACGCGGGCGUGCAGGUGGACGGAACCGUCAUCAUUGAGCGGACCGACGAGAACGAGCGGUUCUUCGGCGAGCGAAUUUCGGUGACGGACAUCCUCGCCGGCAAAGCGAAAUACCCGCCUGCCUCCAUCAAAACCCUCAUCCAGACGAUCAAGGCUGCGCAGGGUGACAGCGACGUGGACGAAAGUCUGGUUCCCCCGCCGGGAGAAACGCCCGGUGACGUCGAGCUCAACCCGGCGGGAAAUUCCUUCGGCAUCCCAGCUGUAGACGAUCCCGAUCCGUUCGGAGUCAAAGCCCUGGAAGCGGAAGGGCUCUUCAUCCGCGAAGCCGGCACGAGGACCCGGCCCAGUGUCGAAGCCUUUGACUUCAAGCCCAGUCCCAGCAGUCCCGUCUUUGCCACCUUCCGGCGCAGCAUCGACAGCUCGCCUCGCAACAGCUGGCGAGCCAGUCGAGCCAGCGUGCAGAGCUAUGCCAGCAUGGACCGUGGCACCCAGACCGACGUCGCUCCUCCCACCGCACCCACCUCCGUCAGCCGGGCGUCGUCCCGAAGUAACCGCGAUUUUGUGGACCGUCUGGAUUCCACGCCGUGGGAGACCGAGGAGAACCGCUGGGACACUGUCAUCCCCGAGCAGCGCAAGGACGAAGACCCCCGUCCCCACGAGGACUACGACAAGGACCUGAUCGACGACGACGAUUUCGAGGUGCACGAAGUCAGCAGUGCCACCAUCACCAAGCGUGACAGUGCCGCCUCUUCGCCGGUGUCCAUGGAAGAUCCCACGGCCCCGACCGAACUGCGAGGCCAGUCUCCCACCUUCACCCGCGCGCGACUCGUGACGAUUCCCAAAAAGCGCGCGCCUCCCGCUCUUCCGCCGCGGAACCCCCAGCGGGCUCCCGUUUCCCUCUCGACUCCCAACUCUCCCACCUCCAUUCCUUCUUCUCCCGACGGCCGACGCUCCGUGGCAUCCACCUCCGGACUGGCAUCGGUGGACGAGCUCACCGAACUUCCGCUGCACCCCAACAACGAUACAUCCAGUCUCUCGUCGAAGCGAUCCGACAUUUCCGGCCGCUUCCGUCGACCCUCUCCUGAGAGAGACGACUUUCACUCCGUGUCCAGUGUCCGUUCAUCCGACCGGGCUUCCGACACCGAGAUCAGCACCAACAAUGACCUCCCCAUCUCCGACAUCGCCCAAUCCAAGACUGAGCAUCUCAACGAUGUAAAGUCUACCGAGGCGCCUUUGGAGUCAACCAAGACCAUCACCGAGAGUGAUGAGGCUCCUGCCACCACCACUCCCUCCGUCCACCACCCUCAAGCUGUCUAA